CUUUUGCUAAAUAUCAAAUUAAUGUGAUGUGGAAUCAUAGAAUUUAUGCAACACCUUGUUUCCUCCAGUCCUUUCUUCCAUUAACUUUAACUCUCCUUCACCAGGUUUCCAGGCUGUCAAGGACCCCAGCUCUUCUUGUACGUUGAACAGAACUGUGGGGGAAUCUGUGCAGCUGACACUGAACUCCUCACCAGACCCUAAUAUCCGAGAGAUUGAGUGGUCUUGGGAGCCCCCAUCUCAGAGAAGGCAGAUUCUGGUGUCCUGGAAACUUGAUGGCCCUGGUCCUGAUUGGUAUGACAUUAAAGACCUCAAGAACAGAUUCAACUUGACGAAGCUGGCUUUCCUGAUGAUCAAGAACCUCACUGUGGAAAUGAGUGGGCUGUACACAGCAGAAGUCAAAUUCAAGUCAGGACAAUCUCAAGUGGAGGCCUUUCGACUCUGUGUAUAUGGUUUCCAGGCUGUCAAAGACCCCAGCUCUUCUUGUACAUUGAACAGAACUGUGGGGGGAUCUGUGCAGCUGACACUGAACUCCUCACCAGACCCUAAUAUCCGAGAGAUUGAGUGGUUUUGGGAUCGCCCAUCUCAGGGAAGGCAGGUUCUUGUGUCCUGGAGUCCUGAUGCCCCUGAUGGUGAUUGGUAUGACAUUAAAGACCUCAAGAAGAGAUUCAACCUGACAAAGCUGGCUUUCCUGAUGAUCAUGAAUCUCACCAUGGAAAUGAGUGGGUUGUACACAGCAGAAGUCAAAUUCAAGUCAGGACGAUCUCAAGUGGAGGCCUUUCAACUCUGUGUAUAUGAGCCUGUUCCACACCCCCAGAUUCAGACUCAUUUUUCAUCCAGCACAUCAGACUGGUGCAAUAUUACUUUCGAGUGUGACACCGGGGGGUACACUGAAGACCUCACUGUGUCUUGGAUGAGCAAUGAUCUGGGGCAGAAUGGGACACUGGAGCAAACCUCUCACUCCAAGAAUCUGAGCCUGAGCCUGCCCAUAGACCGGUGGAAUGGCUAUCUCACCUGUGUGGUCAGCAAUCCUGUAGAACAGAAGAAUGCCACCUUAGACCUGAGGGGCAUCUGUCCACAGAAGGGUGAGUGUGAAGUACAAGCAAGGGUGAAGAAAAUGCUUGGCAGAAAAUGCAAUGUUGUGGGGAGCGGGGCACAGGGGCAAGGCUGGGAGGACUCAAGAAAGUAAUGGGAUGUGCAUUAUAAGGCUGUACACAUGGUGUGUCUAAGGGGUUCUGUUCCAGCCUUGUUAUAGUCCACAAAUAUACUUGCAUGAAGCUGUGCCUGUGUUUGGAAUCUCUGUCAUCAAGCAGACAUAUAAAGCACUUGGGAAGCCCUACCCUUGAGCAUCAAAGAGAAAUGGAGGCUGGAUGAGUCAUUAGAACCCAAGCCGAGGAAGGGAAGGCCUGGAAGAGCAAGGAUGGACCCCCUCACCCUGAUCUUAGGGUGCUCACUGCCCAGUUCAGGUUCUCCCACCCCUGUGCAUGGCUUGGCCCAUGCAUGCCUGGCCCAUGUAUGCCCAUGCAGGUGGAUAGGUGCCUGCUGCUUCUACUGCAGGUCUGGCCUGGCCUUUCUCAGGAUGAUCAUCUCCCUUGAUAGUGUUCAAACCACACUCGGCUUCCUCUGGUCAGUGUGAGCUAUAGUGGCCCUCUGCUAACCACAGUCACCUACUCAUGAUCACAUUUCCCCCAGUCAGUCUAAUGUUACCUUGGCCCCCUGGAGGGACUCUCCAUGGUGGGUUGGGGGUGUGCUCACUUACAAAGACACUGAGCUCUCAGCCCCUUGUUGUAGCAGUACUUUCCUAGCAAGAAGUGAAGCAAAAAAGGUCUACCAGUCCAGCUUCUUUGUCCUGCUAGUGUCUGGCUGAGCUCUGGUUGCUCUUGUGGGACUCUUGUCUGAGAAGUCUGUUCCUGGUCAUGUCCUUACUGAAUCCUCCCCCGCCCUCCCCCGCUCCAGGAGUGCUCUGUCUACAAACUUUCCUGAGUGCCUGUUAAUGUACUCCGCGGGGAGCACAGUGAAAAGGAAGACAAGUCCCUGUCCUCGAGGAAC